UUUAUUUAUUUGUAUUUGUUUGUGUAAAAAUUGUCCAAGGAACUUGCAAAGGUUCAUAACAAGAAUAAUAAAGGUUACACUGUUUCACAUUCAAAUUCACCCAAAAUACAUUGUUUCAAUAAACGUUUUUAGUUUGGUGGUUUUUAGUUUGUGAAGCUCACAUUAAAAAAUGAAACCAACAACUAUAUUCCAAUCACCUGAAUUGCAUUAGUGUUGUAUUGUUUAUCUAGAAAAAUAAAUAUCUGCAAACGUCACUGUUUACAUGGAUUCCACCACUAGAGGGAAGUAUGGAAAUGUGUUCAUUUGAAACCGACCGAUGACGGUGUUCGGGCAGCAGAGGGCGCUGUCGCUCAUGUCUAGCUGGUCGGUACUGCUGAGCUCUCCGGUAAGCGGCAGCAGAGGGGAAGCCUCUCACGAACAAAUGGCGUCCCUCCAGUGCGGAGCAGCUGAUUUCCAACCGAGCACGGCAGCACGGACGGUGGGGAGGUAAACACACCGCCCCCGGAUUUCUCUGCAACAAGAUAGCCGCUUGCCCAUUGCAGAAUUCGUGUAGCAGAGCCGGCUGGACGUUGCGUUCUUCAGUAAUCGAGAUUAGACCGGUGUACAAACAACCCUGGUGUCAAGCAAAACAGAUAGGCGAGUGUCAGCUGCAGCUUUAGCUUCCCCUCCGGUUUGCUUAUUUAUCUUUUCAGCCGAUGGUUGUUGGUGUGAGCGUUUCACCAGGGCCUGGUCUCAGCCGCUGUAGGCGACAGUAGCAGGUCAAAUGUUUCCACCCCGACGUUGGAGGGACACAUAAUGGACAUGGGCAUCACCCCUUCAUAUAUAUCCUCCACCGCCUCCUCUGCCUAACUGGUUGGUCGCUUCUUCCUUAAUCCAGUUUAGGAUAUCAAAUUCCAACCUUGUUGCUGAGGGUACACCAUCGAGACGGCGUUAUCUCAGAAAGCCAGCUCAGUGGCGGUGAAGAUGACCACAGCACGGUACCGUCCCACCUGGGAGCUGGCCGUGGACCCCCUGGUGUCGUGUAAGCUGUGCCUUGGAGAGUUCCCUCUGGAGCAGAUGACCACCAUCACACAGUGCCAAUGUGUCUUCUGUACACAGUGCCUGAAGCAGUAUGUUGAACUCCUGAUCAAAGAAGGCCUUGAAACUGCAAUUAGCUGUCCAGACUCUGCCUGUCCCAAAAGAGGACACUUGCUGGAAAAUGAGAUCGAGUGCAUGGUGGCCACAGAGAUGAUGCAGAGAUACAAGAAGCUUCAGUUUGAAAGGGAGGUGCUGUUGGACCCAUGCCGGACGUGGUGCCCUUCCUCGAGCUGCCAGGCCGUGUGCCAGCUGAAGGAGGCAGAUUCUCCUGCGCUGCCCCAGCUGGUCCAGUGCGCCGUCUGUGCCCUGGAGUUCUGCUCCGCCUGCAAGGCCAACUGGCACCCCGGACAGGCCUGCCAGGAGCACAACCUGCCCAUCACCUCCUUCCUACCAGGAGAAAACAGCUCUUUUUAUAAGAAUGAAGAAGAUGAUGCACCAAUCAAGCGCUGUCCUAAAUGUAAAGUUUACAUCGAGAGGGAUGAGGGCUGUGCACAGAUGAUGUGCAAGAACUGCAAACAUGCCUUCUGCUGGUACUGUCUGGAGUCCCUGGAUGACGACUUUCUCCUGAUCCACUAUGACAAAGGGCCCUGUCGAAACAAACUAGGCCACUCCAGGGCGUCUGUUAUCUGGCACAGAACACAGGUUGUUGGGAUUUUUGCUGGUUUCGGCCUUCUCCUGCUGGUGGCCUCCCCCUUCCUCCUUCUGGCCACUCCCAUCGUCCUGUGCUGUAAGUGCAAGUGCAGCAAAGGCGAUGACGACCCGUUACCAACCUAAACACACCAUCGGAGCCGGAUGCUUCAUGGAUAGGCCAUGUUUUAUUUCCUUUUCAUCCCUUUUCGUUCCUCUCCUCCCACCAGCUUAAUUUUUUUUCUGGCUGUGCCCGCUCCAGCCCCCGGCCGCUUCGGGAUCCAUCGCUCUGCAUGAGAGAGGCAUGGUAGGAAAGCGAACCUACACCCUGGCUGAAGAGAGGUUGUACGGUUAAAGAUCAGAGGAGGUCAGACUUGUCUAAGGACCACUGUGUCCGUGUGUCAGACAUUGGAGGUCUGGGGAUGAGGAGAACGUCCGGGCUGCUUCGAGAAGUCCUUCCUGUGAUGUGGAAUUUUGACGCGUCACUGCAAACAAAGGGAGAAUCGAAGAAGAUGAAUGCUUUUCUCUUGUAUGUACAAUAUAAUGCAGGAGCCAGCUUAGAAAGAACUUUUACUUUAUCGCUCUGUUUUGUCGGUUGGUCGUACGCAACAAAAGCUUUUUUCCCCACCACCACACUUCAAUGUAGCUCUACAGAUUCAGUCAGUAGCAUUAGAGUUGCACCACGCAUGUUUGGUGUUCACUCGAUUUGCACACGGAACAUGAUUUCUACUUCAUGUUCACGACUGAGGUAGAGGAGAUGGGAGGCUGUUAUCACUCUCAACUCGAUGUACAGCACGUCCUCUUGAUGAUGUCAAUGUUUUAUAACCGGUUGCUUUUAAUAGAACUGUGCUCAGAGUAGUGUCUAUGUUGUACUUUUUGAUUGUUUUCCAAAUUGUUAUGUACACGUAUUGAAGGGGAUUGCCACUCAAAUCUAAAACUACAUUUAAUUUGGUGACAGUGAAGACUGAAGUUUUUUUUUUUUUUUCGAACUUCCAUCGUAUGUUUUUCAUAUUAUCUCUACUAUUUUCUUUAACACACCUCUAGACAUUAUGCACAUGCUUGUGAAAGAGUGUGUUUCCCAAAAAUGUCACAGAUUGUUUUGUUCUUAGAUCCAGAAAUUUCCCAAAUUGAGUGGUACUCCCCUUUAAGUUCAACAUUAAGUCUAUUCGAGGACAUUGUGUCCUCGCGUUGUGGAACCAUUUUAAUACCACAAUAACAGAGAUGUCACUCCUGUAAUUCUCAGUCCCCAGGUGGUGGUUUAGCCAAAUAGAAAUGAAGAGCCUUACAUUGAGAACAGCCAAAAUCAGGCAUUUCCCCUGUGCAUUAAAAAGAAUUAAAGUCCAAAAAAUCCCAGGGAAAGCAUGUUUAAAAGCAUUACAGACAGUCAGUGAAGCCCUUUAUAUUCAGAUGAGUCUAUGAUGUCAUCCAUAUGCCACCCUGUUAAUAGCCAUACUGUAAAAAACUAAAGGAAGACAAAAAAAACAGCUGUCCUAAACUGAUGUUUUGUGUGUGACCUAUGGCCUGUAUUUCCUAAGUCUUUUUGAGCAGGAGAGCAGAAAAAUAACUCACAGUUUAAUUCAGAGCUCCCACUCUUUUGAGACUUAACAAAUAUCUGCCCAAAUUGCAAACUUGCAUAUGUUAGUGGUCCAAGUGUCGAUGUUUUGUUUUGUUGGUACUCCAACAACAAGCAGCUAUUCCCUGCAAGGGGCAUCAGAAGAGCUUAUAAAAGAAUGUUCUGCUUUUGGGCAUGUCAUUAUUAAGCUGCUCUAUACUAUAUCACUUUAUCUAUGCAAGUUUGUACAUUAACAUUCUGAAAAGGAUAUGGAUUUAUCAUAAACAACUUUAUGUCAUGAGUAGGUUUAUAUAGUGAAAGCUGCAGAAUGUCACCAUAUAUUUGCAUAUCAUGACUUUUAUUUAAUCAGGGAGUUAUUCAGAAAAAUAUCCAUUUUAUUUUCACCUUCCAUGUCUAUGUUAAUGUUUUUCGCUAUAUUUGAAGUUUGUGAACCAGAACAGGGUUUGGCCAUUUUGUAUUUGGUCAUCUUCAUUUCAGUGAGGGGAAACUCAAGUAAGGGAACAAAGGUGAACACAUUUUAAUUAUAAACCAAUUAUCUCACUACGACUGCCUGUGUUCUGUCUCGUUUUUUUCUUACCAUGCAUUUCAUACCAGCCAUUUUAAUGUUCUGACAAGCCAUUUACUACUGCUUUUGCAUGUAGCGUUUCAUGAGAAAUGGAGCUACAGUUACCAAAAAACGAUGAACAGUGGGUAGCCAGUCUGCAACUCGCUCCAGUCCUUUUACAUUUAACUAAGUUGCUCUGUAUGAGAAUCCUCUUUAUUGGUAGUAGCCUUACAAUUUGAAUACUUUUCCUGUAGCCUGUGUUGCUUUCACUGACCUCCCCUACUGUAUGAGCAUGAUCAUUUGAUAUUCAAGCCAGUCCAAUUUUCUACUUUUAAAGUUUGGUGCUUUUCCCAAAAUUAUUGUUGAAUUCUUUAAGCUUUUGUUGUUUUAAUGACAAUCGUGCCAAGCAGAUUUCCUGGAACAGAUAAGGAAACAGAGCUGUCCACUGUAUGUGCAUUUUGACCAUGUAUUUGUAAUGUAUUAACAGUUUUUACAGGGUGGAAAAAACGUUUUAAUGCUUCUUUAUGUAAACGCUUCACUGUAUCUGGGUUUCAUUGUUUUCUUGAUAUGAUCUGUGAUGUGUGUGGUAUGGUGCCUGCUGUGUUUAACAGGGGAGAUUAGCAGAUGAAAACAAUAUCUACUCAAAAGAAGUCAAUAUAUAUGAGAGAUUGCAACCAUACUUUUUAAGGGUUUUUAUCAUUUGUAUUGUCAUCAGGGCUCUGAUAGCAAAAAUAUUCAUUUAAACACAACUUUCACCACCAUCGAAGUCUUCAGCAGGCACAAACUAAAGUCGAUCAAAAUCAUGGCCACUUCCAUUUUUGUACACAACAUUCUCUUUUACUUACGUUUGCUGGCACCACUCGACAGGUAUUAUUAUGCAACAAACAUAAAAGGGCCAAACAGCUAACUUUACAAUCACUGCAGUUGCAUAUUGUUUUCUACAAUAUAAGCUUGUAAGGGCUCAAUAUAAAGCCCUAUAUAACAACUGGAGCAUCAGCACAGGUGUUGAAAAAGGACACUUUUACCAAGUUAAGGGCUUGUUCCUAGGAUUUGGCCCUUGAAGCAAGAUCAAGUUUGUUUUACAAGAGCUUAAGGUCUACUUUGCAACUAUUCUAAGAUCAAGUUUGGUUACAAGCAGCAAUUUAUAUUUUAUUAUCGGUUGUGUCAAGAGAUGAAGCUGCAUGAUUUUUCUCUGACUUCUACAUGUUAAAUAUAACAAUAUUGUAGCCUCUAAAGAUCUUUGGAAUGGUAGCUUUGUCACUAUCAUUCAGCUGUCCGGUUUUCAUUUAAUUUUGAACAAUAUAUUGGUAUUGUUCAGCCAUGAUAAACAGCGUUUUGCCUUCCUAUAUUUAACAGGUUGGCUUCAUUUGUCUGUUACCUUUUUGUUGAUUUUUGUAUACACCUGUUGUACAUCAUAGUUUCUUGUGUAUGCAUUGUCUGUUUAAGAGCAGGGUUGGCAGGCGUAAUGGUCAAUGACAUUUCAGUCACAUCAGUAAGUGUAUUUUUGUCAGAGGAAAUGCUGUCUGUACGCCAGACUUCUGUAUUUAGAGAUAUUAAACAAUGUCUCUUGUUUAGUCAGUAAUUGAAAAUUAAUUGACCUGGGACAAAGAUUAUCAACAUUGUAAAGUGGCAUAUUUGGAUAAGUUGGACAACUUAGACUCAGCAUCUCAUUAUAUCUACAAUUUCACUAACACUGUGACACCAGGUAUUAAAGGUUGUUGUUUUUUGUGA